GCGGUCGAAGCCGAGCGCGACUGUCUGCUGCCGCGCACCUCUGUGUGAGACUUUGUUCCUUGCUUGUACACAAUGGAAGUGCAGAAUGGCACUGUCCGUCCGCGCAAGCGGCGGCGGAGAAGACGCGCCGACCGGCCUGCCAUUGCGGCGCGGCUGCUGCUCGACGACCGCAUCAAGGGCGAGGUGGGCAUCCUCUCGGCGGACCUGUUCGACAGCCUCUUUCCCUGGGCCCCGGGCACCGACGCCGACCACUACGUCGCCAUCACGCCGUGGCUGCCGAGCUCCCUCGUCGCUUCCCAGAGCACCCCGUGGACCCUCCUGCCGGUGCGGCGCCCGUCCAGCGAGACCACCGCCGCCGCGCGCCCGCACGCGUCGCUCCAAGUGCCGUCGUCGGCUAUCGCGCUCCAAUCCUUCUCCCAGGCCCUCCACAGCAUCGCGCCCAACAAGACGCCGCGAAGAGACACGCCCAUCGAGGUCCGCAUCCACGAUGUCGUUCCAGUGGGGCUCGACACGGUAUAUGUCAAUCUGGACACAGAGGCCCUGACCAAGCUGGACGAGGUGCAUGCAAAGUUCGGCGGCGGCUUUGGCGGGACACGGCCGAAUGGUGCUGCCAAGGGGCCCAAGGAUCGAUUCCUCAAGGCCAAUGGCAUUGCUGGAAAACACGCCAGUGGCAUCGACUAUGCCGCGCAGGAGAAUGCGUGGAGGGACGCUGUGCGAGGAGCGCUGCAGGCACCCGCCCUGGUGCACACGGGCGACCUCCUUCCGCUGCCGCUUCCCGCGCACCCCAUCACCCACGUCCCACCGCCCCCGGCAAGGAUCACGGCAUGCGAACCUGUAGCGCAGGGCCUCUUGCUGCCAUCUACAAGGAUAGUGGUUCUCCAGUCACAUCGUGCCUCGAAACCUGUCCCUGUUUUUGCGCCCCCAAGACCUGCCCCUGUGGAGAACAGCUUCGACGACUCGGAAGAUACCUCGAAUGAGACCUUCUACUCUGCUGCUGAAGAUCGCUCGCCAUCCCAGAACAACAGCCCGCCGGGAGAAGAGUCAACCGAUAAUUUUGACUCCGAGCUGUCUGGAUCCGAUGUCGGAGAUCUCUCCGAUGACGACGACGACAUCAUAUCAUUGAGCGCGCCUAUGCUCCCACCACAGUCCUCGGGUGUAUUGUCCGUCUUCUCAUCCGCUACUCCGAGACCUGGCAAUCUUCACACCAACGGAAUCGCCACCCCGGGCUCCGUGUUUUCCAGCUUCACUGCCACUACCGCGCGAGGACCAGCCUCCAGAACCAAGGUGUUCAAAGCGAAUGGCUUGCUACACCCUAUACCAGAUGAGCUGGUGCACCCCAAGCCUGGUAUCGAAGACGACGAGGAAGCACGUGUAUUUGUGGAGACCAACACCUUGGUCAAAGUGGGCUGCUUCUCGGGCGACUGGGUCAAGAUUGAGGUUGCGCCUGAGCCUUCGCAGCACCCUCUCUUUGGGCUAAGGGCGUUCGAUUCAGAGCAUGAAGAGGAUGCCCAGUGGCGUCCCGUUCGGAUCUACGGGAUACCAGAAGCCAUGACUAAGAAAGUUGCGCCAUAUCGUGUCAAUAAGUCGGACGACUUCGACCGCAGGUCUAGCUUUUCAGGCUUUGCGCCAGCAAGCACUUCACUUCAGGCGUAUCUGUCGCCUGUGCUGUUGGCCAACAUGGACAGCCCUUCCCAUCUACGUAUCGCACCCUUAGCAUCCCCUCAGCACCAGCAAGGUCAUAGGACCGCCAUCCAAAAACCACGACUCAAUAGCUCCUCCUCGCCUCCAUUCGCGAAGGAGGUCACGCUCUUGAAAUUGUCCACGCCCCUCUCUUCUGAACGCCUCCUGCAGCCCAGUCUGUUCGCGUCCCUCAAAGACCAUUUCGAACAAAAGCGCCGAUUGGUUAAGAGCGGCGACCUUAUUAGUGUCGCAAUCGAUGAAUCCCUGGGCCGUGCAACCUUUCAAGCGAGCGCGAACGAGGAAGAUGUCGUGAGUGACGAAUUACUCUCAAGAUCGUCCAAAGACCGCUCCAACGAGGACCCUGCACACGCCAACGACCGGAAACCCAAAGCAGUCGCCUGGUUCAAGAUUGGCAAUAUUACAGCUUCAUCAAAUGAGCACAGAGACGGAGAAGAGCCAGAUAUCUGGGGCGGUGUUGUAGCUGUCGACGCCGCGAGCACAAAGAUGGAGAUGAACGGCAGCGAGCAAGGGAAAACCCCACCUCCCAUCAACAGUGCCUGGCAGUACUAUCUCGGCGCGAAGCGAGCUCCCGCUGGCGCGAACCAAAAGAUCAUGACAAUCGAUGAUAUUCCAAAGACCUACAUCUCGUCGUUACGGCGUCGCUUGCGCGAGCUGAUCUCAGCCGCCACUAGCCCAAGAGCGAUACACAUGGGUCUGCCACCAAUUGUCGUGUUGCUCACCUCGACACAGCGCGGGAUUGGUAAGGCCACAGUAGCGGCGAAAGCAUGCGAAGACCUUGGGCUGCAUACUUUCUCCAUCGAUGCAUUCGACAUCCUUAGCGAAGGAGGUGCAGGCGGUGGCGAUGUGAAGACUGAAGGCUUUCUUAAAGCAAGGGCAGAACGUGCGCUUACCUGCGGUGCCGAAUAUACGGCACUGUUGGUCAAGCACAUCGAUGCCCUCAAUGCUGAUCGCAUGGUUACCGCGCUUAAAGAAAUCCUUGCAGACUCACGAGUUCUCAUUGCGACAACGACUGAAAUCGACAAAGUACCAGAAGGUAUCCGUGGUUUGUUCACACAUGAGAUCGAAAUGUCGGCGCCAGACGAAGGCGAGAGAGAGGGGAUUCUGCGUGGUAUCGUCGAUGAUGCGGGCAUCCGGUUGUCACCAGACGUCGACCUCAGCAAUGUUGCCGUCAAGACUGCUGCAUUGGUCGCAGGUGACCUGGUAGACGUCGUCGACCGCGCGUUGGUAGCAAAGCGAAAUCGUAUCGAAGCUCUCGCCACAUCCGCAUCAGAAAACCAAUCAUCAGGCGCCACAGUCACCUCCAGGGACAUCGAGUUAGCUGGGGGGCAUUUUAGCAACAGUCUGACGAAAGCCGAUCUGGACGGGGCUGUCGACGCUGCCCGCAAGAACUUCGCCGAUGCCAUCGGCGCACCCAAGAUUCCCAACGUCAGCUGGUCCGAUGUUGGCGGUCUCUCGCACGUCAAAGACGCCGUCAUGGAGACCAUCCAACUACCUCUCGCGCGUCCAGAACUGUUUGCUAAGGGCAUGAAGAAACGCAGUGGUAUCCUAUUUUACGGUCCACCAGGAACGGGAAAGACAUUACUUGCCAAGGCCAUUGCUACAGAAUUCUCGCUCAACUUCUUCAGCGUCAAGGGCCCAGAAUUGCUAAACAUGUAUAUUGGUGAAUCAGAAGCGAACGUGCGGCGUGUUUUCCAGCGCGCGCGAGACGCCCGACCUUGUGUCGUCUUCUUUGAUGAACUGGAUUCCGUUGCGCCAAAACGUGGCAACCAGGGUGACAGCGGUGGUGUCAUGGACCGUAUAGUCAGUCAGUUGCUCGCUGAACUAGACGGCAUGAGUGACGGCGGUGAAGGCGUCUUUGUCAUCGGUGCAACAAACAGACCCGACUUGCUCGAUCAAGCAUUGCUACGUCCUGGACGCUUCGACAAAAUGUUGUAUCUCGGUGUAUCUGACACGCAUGAGAAGCAGCAGACCAUUCUCGAAGCCCUGUCGAGGAAAUUCACACUUCAUCCCGAUCUAUCGCUUGCCCGUGUUGCCUCCACUCUGCCUUUCACAUACACGGGUGCAGAUAUGUAUGCCCUUUGCUCGGACGCUAUGCUCAAGGCGAUCACGCGGCAAGCGCGCGCCGUAGACGAAAAGGUCACUGCCAUCAGCAAUAGCCGUGGCACGCCUAUCACAACUGCGUAUUUCUUCGAUCAUCUUGCGACGGAAGAAGACACCGCCGUCAUGGUCAUGGAAGAUGACUUUAUUGAGGCGCACAGGGAGUUGGUGCCGAGUGUCAGCGCUGAUGAGCUCAAACAUUAUGAACGCGUGAGGAAGACAUUCGAGGGAACAGGAAAAAAAGAUGAGAGUAGUAGACCAUCACAGAACGGCACCGCGCCAUCUCCGACCUCAAGUAAGGGGAAGGGCAAGGCCGCUGCGCCGCCAGACGACGAGACCCUUAUCGUACACACUGAAAACAUCAAUAUCAACGGGUCUGCCAGCGGUGUGCUCGGAAAAGGAAAGGGCAAGGGCAAGGUGCCUGCUGUGAGUCACGCCAGCAAAAACAGCCUCGAUAUUGCCGAGGGAGGGUUUGGGAGUGCGGCUGAUGGGGACGAGGAGCUGUACUCAUGAGUGAAGGUGACGUUAGGCAAAAGCCAAUAUGUUGCUUGAUGCCAGUAGGGGCUUGCAUGAUUGUUGUAAAGGAGAUCUGUAUAUCUUAUAUACGUGUGCAAGAGGGAUAGCGUCUCUACACG